AAAAAGUCAAAAAAUUAUUCUUCGCCCCGCGGUACUGACAUUAGUUCGAUUCGCAGACGGAUAGGCAGACGAAGAAAUCGAAAGCUGAUAUUAGGCGGUUCACGUCGCGUUUUUGUCGGCCAAACUAUUUCGGAUUCAAUGCAGCUCGUGUGAAAAAUUUGCCCCAGGAAUGAUUCUGACCGCCAGUGGCCGGUAAUAGUGCGCGGAAUAUAUUUUUCAAAGGACACGGUUCGCGAGUUUGGAAGUGCUUUUUUUUACGGCAUUGCGUGGAGUGGCGGAAAACAAGUGCUGCUGCUGCCUGGCCCCGGACGAAGGACGAAGCAGUGGAAGAAAAAGAAGAAGCGCAAGCUUUUCGUAAUUCACAAUCAUCCUAAUAAGAUAGAAAUCUAACACAAUGGACAGUAAAUCAGUGGACGAACCGGUGAAAGACGCGGCUGCAACUAAUGCGGAAGUGGGAGAAGCAAAAAUGGAAAAUCCCCCCAAAUCGGAAAAGUCCACAGUCAGUGAAGAGAAUGGUAACAGUGGAGGAAUCACAGCGGAGGCAGAGAACGAUUCUGGCAAACCUAGUGAAGAGCCAAACGUUCCAGUAGUGGAAAAGGAAACAAGUGAAAAAGAAGAAAAUACCAGUAAAACAGAGGAUGACGGAAAUAGAAACACCAAAAACGUCCAGGAACAAGAUUUGUUGCCCGAUAAGACCGCAGAUAAAUCCGAUGAAAAAUCUGAGGAAGCUCCAGUUGAACCGGUCGAAAAAAGUGAAACAAGCAAGUUCUCCCCUGUGGAACCCUCUGACACUGCGAAGGAAACGGACUCGGAGGAUAAACCAGCCAAGCUCAAGUCUCCACCCUCCAGUGCGACGAGCUUGAAGGCAUCCUCUUCGGAAGAGUUCCCUCCCCUCCGGCAGACAGAAUCCGAGCCGUCCGAGCCGUACGAAAUUUGUGAUUCGACACCGGAAAAAUCUCCCGAAAAGAUGACAGCGAUGACACCGGUGCCAAAGGCACGACCUGGCCCAUCCAAGCCGGCGGUGACCCGACAAUUGCCCAUCAAAAGCCCAGAGAUCGAAACGGUCGAUCUGGAUGACGACGAUGAUGAUGACGAUGAGGACGACGACGAUGAAGGUGGUGCUGGUGGCCGUCAUCGGCGCCAUCCGCAGGUGUUAGCUAGUCGGGCGACAGCCACUCGCCAUGUUUACGAUGAGGACGAUUUCGAUGAAGACGAUGACGAUUACGAUUACUAUGACGAUCCGGAUAGCGACGAUCAGGACAUCAAUCGGGUUAUGCAGGACGCGGUGGAUGAGAUCAAUACGUUGGAUGAACCCGGCUCGGAGGAUGAGAACAAGAUGGACGUUAGCUCGGAUGAAGAUGAUUACAGUGAUGUUGAGGAUGACGAACGGCGGGCGAGAAGUGUUCAGAUGCCAAGGGGUAGUGCGAGUGGUGGAAAAAGUGGCGACAGUGAUAGGCGGAAGAAGAGUGGCUAUUCUUAUGAUGAUGAUGAUGAUGAUGAAGUGUACGCUAGAGGCAAUUACGUUAUUGAUGACGGCGAAGAAGAAGAUGACGAAGACGUUGAUGAAGAAGAAAAUUAUGAGGAUGAAGAUGAUGAUGAUGAUGAGGUGGAAGAAGUGAUUGAGUUGGAUUCAAAGAAUUACAAGCGAAAGCCAUCGCAAGCUUCUAUUUCGAUGGGACAAAUAAGUGUAGAAGAUGAAACUGAUGAAGACGACGUUCGCGAGACCAAAAAGGCGCGUAAGGUUAUAUAUAAAUCUUACCGGAACAAACUGGUGGCUUCGAUUCGGAAGAGAACCUUCAAACUAUUGAACAAGCGCAGUAUGCACGUUAUGGAAGAGGGCGGCGAUGCGAUCGUCUGCUCGGAUGCGAAAAUAGUCAGUCUGAAAAGCUCGGUCAGUGCUGCGGCCAAAUCGUUGGCGGAGGAAGUUAUCGUCGGUGAUAGAAUUAGCAGCAGCAGCAGCGGUCACAUCAAAUCAUCCCAGGAGAGUGAAACAAGGGCGGAAAAGUCCCCAUGCGUGCCGUCUGCAUCCGGUGGAGAUUUGCCAAAAAUAAUACACGUGGCCAGCAAACAUGAAGAAAACAAAGAGAACAUGACGGUUCGGGACAUCCCAAAUGAGCCUUCCCGUAAGGCGGAAACGGACGACGAAAAUAUGAAGCUGAAGGAUGAGAAGAGGGUUGACAGAAGAACCCGCAAGUCAGCUAAGGUGGACGUAAUGGAUGAUGUGAUGGAUGAUAUCGAUGAUAUCAUCGAACAGGCCAAGUGUCGGAACGGAUCGAAGGGAGAAUUCAGCGAUGAAUUUACAUUCCAAAUGGAUGUCGACCAGGAGGAUGGCAGUCAAGGCGAAGAUAACGAGGACGAUCAAUGUGCGGAGGAUGAAGAGGUAGAGCCGGAUACACGGGAGGACAUCGAAAAGGCUGUGGAUUUAUCUUCCACCAACGACGCUAGCAAAAGCGAUAGGGAAAAUGGCGAUAAACAACAGAACCAAGCAAAUGAGGCAGAUAUGGUAGAAGGUAGUGACUAUUCUUCGGAAAAGAGUGCGAAGAAAGUGGCGAUACCGCACAAAAACAAAGAUCUCAGUGUUAGCCGAAAGGGACACAUAGAAAAGCAAAUAGCUGUGAAGCAUGAGGUGGAAGACGAUUCGGAGCAGGAACAGGAGUUAGUCAAGGAGCCAUCAAUUAGUGCAAACAAGUCUAGUUCUAAAGGGGAAGAAAAGCAAUCAGAACGGUCGAAGGAGAUUGAAGUCAAGGUGUCUCGGAAGCGUCGUCGCUCGAUAGACCCAGAUGAUCGAGAAGAGGAUCCCGAGCAACUGGCGCCUUCCAAAAAACUUAAGCGAGAGCUGGAAAACAACUAUCAAUCUCACGAUCGGCUUCUGAAGGAAUACAUCGAAACCACUUCGAACAAUUCGGUGGACGAUGUCCAGAAGCAUACGGAUGCUCUAGUGGUCGAAAUUCAGACCUUAAACGAAAUGAUACGUGCCAAAGAAAACGAAUGGAACAAUAUGAUCCAUUUGAAGAAAGUGAAGGAAGAGAUCUUGCUCCGACUUACCAGGAAGAAACAUGUGAUGGAUAUCGUUCACACAAACCUCGGCGAGGUAUCUCAGUACAGUCAUUUUGACUCUUCGAACCUAACGAACGUUCGAUCUGCUUCUGUAGGACCAAGACCACCUACCCCUCCGCCAGAGGUGGACAUCCGACCUGCCUCGGUAACACCAUUGCAUAGCAGCACUCUCAACACAAGCAAGAAUGCCAACACAUCAGCCCAUUCGAUCUCUAGUAGCCGACAGAGCAAAGACCACAGCAGUCUGUUCGCCCAGUUCAACACCAACAGUUCCGUUACCAUGGUGCCAUUAUCGACGUCUCCCUCGUUGAUCACUUCGACGAACACGAUUCUGCAGUCUCGUGCGAACAUGAAGUCCGCGGAAGUGGCGAAGGAGAAAUCCAACGCCGUCCAAAUCCAGCGCCAGAUCCUGCCCAAGCCAGUGCUAUCCAACCAUCAGCAGAUUCUGAACAACCUGGCUAUGUCCGCGGGGUUAACGGCAGCGUCCGCCACCAGCAGCACCGGUGUCACAUCGAUCUCAAACGCCGCACCUACUUCAACGGUAGCUAACGCAACUGCGGCGGCCAUCGCUGCCAACAAUAUUCUUGCCGGGCUGUCCGCCCAAGCAGCCGCUCUACUGAACGGGCACCACAACCACUCGGGCGCUAAUCACAACCAUCUUCAGCAGGGUGGUGGUAAUCAAUCGAAUCACCUGCAGGUGGGCCGCCAGGGAGUCAUCAAAGACGUCAAAAGUAUUAUCGCCGAUUACAGGCAGAAGCAUCCGGAACAGGUGCCGCGGCGAGGUCGUCGGCUAAAGAAUAUUCCGAGCAUCGGGUACGACGGUGGAAGUGUAACCAUCACCAACAAGGGGGGUGGCACGACCCGGAUGUCGGAGUUGGGCUUCCUAAUGGCAGCGGCUGAGAACUCCCGUCCCUCCAGCAACGACUCGUCCCAGAGCAAUUCUAACAACCUUACCGCUGGGCCUCCGACCCCGGCUGGACUGUCCUUCAAAGAUGUCCUGGUGCAAUUUGCUAAAAUGAGCCAAUCCGAUCGCAAUAUUCUAUCCAAUCUGAGCAAUCUUACCAAUGCAGCAGCAGCCGCCGCCGCAGUCUCAUCCUCUGCUACCACCACCAACUUAUCAUCUUCUUCCCAACAGCAGCAGCAACAGCAAUCGCAGCAGCGAAGUGUAGCGGCAAAUCUAAGCAAAGGAGCCUACCCAGAGGUAACGCUCCAUCCGGUGAUGAACUCGAACAACACUUCCGGAAGUGCUACAAACGCCGAUAUGAACCAUAGCCCCGCUAGCAAUAACGCUAACAGCGCCGCCAAUCAAUCUCAGAACAACAGCAACUCGACCAAUUCGUUGCUGCACGGCAUUUUGACCAAAUCGUCAACACGCCCGAACGCGACCGGCUUUACUUCUUUUUCGCCAACCCUUGCCCGGCUGUUGACCGCCCCAGAGCGGAUGAAUUCGCAAGCGGCCACCGUUACGUCAGGGGCACUGGCCAACCUGCAGGCGAACACCGGUCUAAAUCUAUCCAAGUCAAACAGCGAGAUCACAAUUACGCCGGUGGUUGCCUCAAAUCUGCAGCAGUCACUGAUGGCACACCACCAGCAGCAACUGCAGGAACAGCAGAAGCAGCUGCAGCGGUUGCGGGAGCAGCAUUUCCUAAAUAUGGAUGACGAGGCGGACGACAGUGUCGAUCGUUUAGUGAUCGACGAAGGAGAUGACAAUCACGGCGCAACAGGGUCGUCUUCACGGGCCGACGGCCAUCAUCGGGAACGGGAGCCGAGUGUCGUCAUUACAACUCGUGGUGGCAACGGACCGGAAUUUCACGAGAACGAAGUACCGGAGUGCCAGGGCUGCAAAAAGCGUGAGGCUCAAUUCGUGUGCGCCGGAUGCGGCAACCAGUGGUACUGUAGUCGCGAGUGUCAGGUGAACGCCUGGGAUGAUCACUCGGAAAUCUGCACCGGUUAAGCGUUGAUAACUAGUUUACCACCUGAGCCCUAGAUUCACUCCCGCAGGUGCAAACAGGUAUUAUCAUUUUAAUCAUAAUUGACUGUUCAAAGUUGAGAUGCAUUCGACUACCACCAGCCAGCCUAAGAGUCCGAUCGACGAAACAAACUGCAGCAUCAAUUUUCAGUAUGGGACUUCUACUAUUGGGGCAUACAAUAUAAACUUUUAAUCACUCCACACAACUACCCCACACACAUAUUAACAUGUAAGCCUACAAUGAAAAAAACUACACUGAAAGGGCGGAA